AGGAUUAUGGCAAAAAGACGAUCGAUCAAGCUACGGUCAAACUAGACGUUCUGAAAUACUCAUCUCUGUGUCUGUCUCAUCAGCUGAUGAAUGGAGGCAUUGUCGCCUCCCUCGGCACACCGACAGCAUCACCCGCACCCCCUCUUUAUAAACAGCACGAACCGACACAACAGGCAAAAAGCGCUAAACAACACACACACAGAGACACCAUCGGAGUACACUACCCCGACCCACUCCCACGGCACCCUACUAAUCGCUCACCGUACCAGACACCCGCACAAUAAAAAGGCCCACAGGAAUGAGGGUGCCAUUGACACAACAAGGCACCAGCAAUGAGUGCGAUAAAUCCGUCCAUCCAUGCGAUCAGAAGCCAGCCAAGGAAAAAGAGGAGUCUACAGCCACCCCACCCCAGCAGCCAGUCAGCUGCUGUGCACCCUCCCUCCCCUCCUCCCCCUCACCAGACCUGGCACUCCUCCCCUCUUGCCUGUCGAUUGACCACCGAGUCCGCCGGGCAGUCGAAGGCAUCAGAAAACUCCACCAGGUUGGACACCGGACCCAGCGAGCGGAAGCGACCUGGCGAGUGCACGGCAGUGCCCAGCCGACUGAUGACACACGCACAAUACAACACACACCAUCACAACACCUGCCAGCGGCCAGGUAGGUGCUCACCUUUUGGCGACCUUCGGUCGGACGAUUUCGCACCAGUUCUGUCCCCAGGCCACCCAGAAGAGCUGCUCGACUGUGAGGUCUGACCCGUCGAGUGGGCGUGUUUGCAGGUCCUCCUCUGAGAGCGUCUUCCGGAGGGCCCUGCGGGCCAGCUUGACGCCGCCUGCAGAGGAAAAGGGAGGGACAGACGCGAGCUAUGCACCAAAUGAAUGCAAUCACGGCAUGGCAGGUUGACGCACCCACCCAGGUCAGCAACAUUCUCGCCCAAGGUGAGCCGGCCGUUCAUUUUGAUGUCCUCCGUCUCCCCUGGGAGGUCUUCGGGGGUGAGGACGACGUAUUCCGAGAACUGGUCGGCCACACACGUGGUGGCGGCCUCGAACUUGGUCUUGCUCUGGUCGCUCCACCAGUUGCGCAGCUUGGCGUCUGCGUCGUACUGCGCCCCUUGGUCGUCGAACCCAUGUGUCAGCUGCAAGGCGCACACACACACACAGGGAAGCGAGCACAUUCAUGCCGGGAUGGAUGGAUGGAUGGAUGGAUGUGCGCGCUUGACCUCGUGGCCCAUCACACCGCCAAGGCCGCCAUAGUUCAAUGCCUGCGACACACAAACAGAGAUGCUCAUCAUAUGCACACCCACACCCACACACAUGCACAGCAGACCUUACCUUCUUUGCGAGGACUUCGUUCCGUGGGUCGUCUGGGUUGAACGAGUGGAAGUUUGGCUUCUGGAGGAUGCCGGCCAGGAAGACCAUUUCGUUGUAGUAGGGGCUGUAAUAGGCAUUUUGCUCGAUGGGCGUGACGUCCCACACCUCACGGUCGACAGCACGGCCGUAGAACGAUGCCAAGUAGUUGAGCUGGCCGACAGACAACACGCACACGCAGACACACAUGCCGUCCGUCGACACAGAAGUGCGUGUGUGCGUGCGUGUUGGGUGGACGGCUGACCCCUCUUCUGGCGAGGUAGAAGGAGGCGUUGAAGAGCUGUCCGUCGAGCUCCCUGGCGGCGUCCUCGGGGCCGUACAGCUUGGUGAGCUUUGUCUUGUAGUCGUCGGACAGCACCCACUCGGGAUACGCAAUCUUGUCCGUCAUCUUCUCUAACUUCUCGUACGCCACAGACCUACAUGAACACACACACAGACGAACGGCCUGUCAUUCGCUCUCUCUCUGUCUCUCUCUCUGUUGCUGUUGUUGUGUUGGCUCCCUGACUUGGUGGUGUCGCUCAUCCAGGUGCUCUCAUCCAGUGUGUCGUUGAAGGCGGCCUUGAUGUUUGCGAGCAUCUCCUCCGCCACAGCCUUGGCCUGUGGGUCGAAGUCAGUCAAUAUGGUCCGCGUCACCACCUGAGUGAACCACCCACGCAACAGACAGACAGAUAGCAAUUGCAUGCGCGGCUCCCUGGCUGGCUAGCCUCUCCGCCCACCCACGCACGCACUCUCUCUCUCUCUCUCUCUCACCCAGUCCAUGACAGCUCUCGAUCCCGACUGACAUUCGUCCCACCGCUGCUUGGGCUCCACGCCGUACACGUCACGACGAAAGGUGUACCAUAGGUCAGCCCACUCACGCGUCAGGUAAGCACCCGCUCUGCACGCAAAGAGAGAGAGGACAUCAUUUGACGGCCUUCUUCGUCUGUGUGCGAGCGUGUUGUGUUGGUGUCUUGGUCUUACGCGUUGAAGAGCUGUGACUGGAAGUAGGAAAGCAGCGCUUUGUCAUCCCAUUUCUCGGUGAGCAGCGUGUUCAGCUUGCGGAAGUAGUCCCGGUUGUGGAUGACGAUCUCGGUGUCAUUCGUUAUGGGGAUCCCGUUCAGGUCGAUCUCAGACUCUACACACAGCACGUGACACAUCCAUCCAUCCAGCGGCCAAUCAACAUGCCCGUCUCGCCUCUUAUUCAUGCGUACCAUAGACCUCAAAGAACCGGUCCCAGUCAAAAUUCGGUGCCAGCUGCUUCAUCUCUCCCAGGGUGACCGGCAGGGUGGUCUUGACCACAUCGCGCUGCUCCUCCGGGCUCAGGAAGAUGCCCUGCAGGUCCUUCUCGAUGGCCAAAGACGCCUCGGCGCUCUCUGCAGGCGAGAGGCGGCCGGAUGAGACGCCCCGCAGCGAUGGUGAGGGUAGGGCGUCCUGGAACAGCUGCUGCGCGCCAUUGAGGAAGGCCACGUAAGCUUCGGUGGUCUUGUUCUCGUUGUACUGUGUUUGAACCAACAGACGAAGAGCACGAACAGACGCAUCAUCAUUCUGGUGCGUUUCCUUAUCUGCCUUUCUCCCCUGUCCUGCGCACCUGAGUGUAGUCGAGGUUCAAGCCGCUCUGCAGGAGAGAAAAGGGGCGAGCAGUGUUUGUGUGUGUCCGGCCGGGAUGGAUGGAGGGGGAGUUGUCUGUCUGUCUCGUUAAUUCACCUGGUACAGCUGUAUGACUGUGGUGUUCUCCGGCGUGAUCGGAUUCUGCUCAAAACUCAGACUGAGGAGCGACCGGAUGCCGUUGGCCUGCAACUUGCCCAGCAUCUCAGCAGCCACUGAGCCCCGCUCUAAUGUAACAGAAACGCACAGAAAGACAGACAACCAUACACCCCAUCGAUAGGCACUUCGUGAGCAGACGGGGUCGGUGGGUACGGGUCGGUCACGUACGUACCUUUGGGCGUCAUGUCGUCCCACCCCUCGAUGGACGGCUGCAGCACGAAGGGCAGCGAAUCCUGCAGAAAGUCGAUCAUCGGCUUGGUCCCCAGCUCGUCCUGCCGGUCACGAUUCAUGCACGCCUGCCCAGCCAAACAUGCCACACCACACCCAUCGUCUCAUCUAUGUGUGUGUGUGUGUGUGUGUGUGUGUGACUUGGAAGUAGCAGAAGAGGAGUGCCUCCCAUCCGUCCUUUGGGGCUCUGGUGCGGUUCUCCUGGUCGGGCAGCGCCUCACAGAUGCCGCUCUCCAACACUUCGAGAAUCAUGUACCUGUAAGGUGCAACACACACACACACACAGGCACAGGCAGGCACGUCAGAUCGGCAGAUCGGCAGAUCUGGUUGCUCGCGCCACUUGACUCAUUCACCAUUCACCUCGUGUCGUUGUAGAGGUUAUCGAACGACUUGGUCCAGCUGCCCUCUUCUGCGGGCAGCUCAAAGCUCUCCUUCCACGAACCACACGCAAAGGAGUCAGGGUCCUGAAGUGACGCAGCACUCACACAGAGAACGGCGCCCUCUGUGCCCGCCCGUUCGCGAUCCUCAUCCAUCUCUUCUCACGUAGCAUGGGUCUGCAGAGAGGUCCAUAGAGCUGAGGACGCCCUCUGUGAGGGGUGACAGCGGGGAGCCAUUGACCUCUUCUGCCUCGCCAUUGGUCGGGGGAUCUCCUGACGUGACCUGCUAACCUCACACCACACACGGAAGCAGGCACACACCACACACAUCCACCGAUGGAUGGAUGAAUGCACACAGGCCGGCCGGCAUCAUGUUUCCGGGGAUCUCUUCACCUGUGAGAUUCCACGCUGCAAGAUGACGCCGGCAAGCAAACACAAAAAGAGCUCACGAACAGCCAUGUGUGUCAGGGGGAAGAACUUGAAGGCAGAGAACUUGAAGACCCUCGAGAUUCUGUCUGAUGCAAGGCAGCAUGUAUGCAAGACACACAAGACAGCUCUCCUUGUCCAGCCAGUCUCAGAUCUUCCGCCUGGGGAAGGGGUUUCUCCCUCUGGGCUAGGGCUGAGGGCGCACAACAGUUUUCAAACAGCGUACCAGUCUAGUCUGGCGCCCUGGCGCCCCUUGUG